AGCUCCUAGAACCUUCCAUUUUUUUCUUCACGAAGCUUCAAGUCUCUCGGUUUUAUAGCCCCUCGGAGACCCUCCCCGUCGCCUUCCUGCAGCUCGCAAACCCUCCCCUAAACCCUAGCUCCGGACCUCGAAUCCCCUAAGAAUGGCGAAGCGACUGGUGCCGCUGCUGAACCGCGUGCUGGUGGAGAAGAUCGUCCCGCCCUCCAAGACCACCGCCGGCAUCCUGCUCCCCGAGAAGUCCGCCAAGCUGAACUCCGGGAAGGUGGUGGCCGUGGGGCCGGGGGCGAGGGACGCGCACGGGAACGCGAUCCCGGUCUCGGUCAAGGAGGGAGACACGGUGCUGUUGCCGGAGUACGGAGGGACGCAGGUGAAGCUGGGAGAGAAGGACUACCACCUGUACAGGGAUGAAGACAUCCUGGGAACGCUGCACGAUUGAUCGAUCCCGGUCCGUGUGUGGUCGGCCGGUCGGUGGGGAUUUUGGGCGGAUUCUUGCGCUCGAUGUCGAACGACGUUGUCGAGCUCAAAAUUGUUGAGUCAAUGAGAUCGAUUUGUAUGCCGUGCGAUUCCUUCUGUUUAAUGCUAGAAUGUAGAGCUCGAUUCUUCUGAACGACGUGAAAUUGUAACUUGUCGUUUCCUCUCAUUUCCAUCGCUGGGUUGAUAUCGAUUGAAAAAUUGAGUUUUUGGAUCAACCCUAUUCGCGGGUGAUUAACGAUCUGCUCUUUCUGUUUUA